AUGGGUCCUCCUCGCCGAGCUCGUUCCAAUUCUUCUGUAUCAACUCACUCUCAGCAAAGUCGUCACCGACAGCCGCAAUUACAAGAGCCAACUCCUCCAGAACCCCCGUCUGCACAAUCACAUCUAGGAAUGUCUCCCCAGUCGCGCUAUCUAUCGAACAUGAAGGUUGUUCGUCGUAGAGACCCCUCUAUUGUAUCCAUAUUCGAUCAGUUCAGUCACGUCUGUGUGUACCACCAUAAUGGCGACAAAUGGGAGAAGCAGGGUUAUGAGGGGAGUAUGUUUUUGUACGAGCGGGAUUCUUACCCACCCUAUGGUCUCUAUAUUUUGAAUCGUGUGGGCAUGGAUGACUACAUCCAGCGACUCUAUCCAGAAGAUGGCAUAAGCGCACAUGGUUCGUAUCUCAUGAUGCGUCAUUAUCCCGACUUUACCGCCCGCAGGCUCGCAGAAGCACGAGCCAAUCUACCCCUCUCCAAGCAGGAAGGUCCUGCAUCUAAAUUCGCUCCUGAGUUCGUCGUGCCAAAUUUAGAACAACUACAAGAUGCUGAGAAAGGCCGAUCACAAACGGUCGGGUUGUGGUGCUUUGCAACUGAUGCAAGAGAAAGUAUGCAAGACGUUGUGUUGAGAUUGCAUAGCUAUAUCAAGAAGAAUCUUCCAUAUCCAGAGGAGUAUAGAUAUGGCCCGGAUCGUCCUCCUCCCCCGAACUUCCGGUCAUCAUCGAGGGCCAGCGAACGUUCACAUAUGCGCUCAGCAUCGAGCGCAUCCAACGCCAGCAGCAUACAUAGCAUUUCGGAGUCGGAAGAGUAUCAUACAGGAAGUCAACCUACCUCUUCGGAAAGUAGUUCCAACGGGAAUGUAUCCGAGCUCGAUAAACUGUUUGCCAAGCUAGGGGGCACGGGAUCCACUCCACAGCAGAUUCCCUUACAAUCACGGACUAAGGAGUCGACUGCUGCAAGUUUACUAAUUGGCCUAUCCGGCAGUGGAAAUACUCAUAGAACGGCGUCCGUUCCACCACCGACCUCCAAUUCUGUCCCUCCGGCUCGCGGAUUAGCUUUAUUGGAUACCAUCUUCGCCUCAGCACCGCCACCACCACCAUCAAGCCAACACAGUCGUGGAUCAUCUCGCUCUGGAGCAGCAUCAGCUUCCCUCCACUCAUCAGCUUCCCUCCACUCAUCUGUUUCCAUACAUUCACAAACCACAUAUACUACACAAGCUCAGUCCACGACGUUCGGACACACUGCCAGCUCACAAAGUCCUCUCAUCCUUUCUCCCAAACCAACUUCUACUGCGCUACCUCAGGUGCUCAAUCAAGAUGUCAUCUCCACGCUCCUUGGGUUCCCUGCGUCCCGUGCCUAUGAGGGUGACAACGAGGCAAGCGAUGACGGGUCUAUCUCAGAAGGAGGAUAUUCUGUUUCUAGCACUGUACUUGAUGCUGACGCAGAAGAUAAUAUGGAGCUACAUGUUGCAGGGUCAUCCUCUGGGCUGCCACUCCUCGCUGUACCUAUAGGCCAAUCUGAGUCCAACCGCACAAGAAAUGGGAGUGGCAAAACCCUGGGCGAUGUCACCCCUCGUCCGCCACUCCGAGGCUUCAACUCUGAUAUCACGGUGGUCGGGGACCUCCUCACAGCUGCUCAGACUCAGAAGCACUCGCGUGCCUCACCACACCUUCAUAUUCCCUCUGUCGCAUCUCCGCGACCUGGGGACCCAGAUACCACGCCGACAUUGACCAGCGUCAAUGGCACACAUAGCGUACCCAAACCUCGUUCGCUUAUUCCAUUCGAGGCAGAUUCUGACUUGUGGCCAUACCCUCGUGCUCCGUUUGUCGAAGCAGAUUCCGAUGUGAUCGAGCUCGACUUUGCUGAUACGAGUGCGUUGAGCGAUUCGGAUGCAUUUGCAAGGGAGCAGCGCUCGAAGAAUAGGAGGAGCCUGAAGAAGGGUCGGAAGGAGCGGGAGAAGGACCGUGAGCGAGAGAGAGAGGAGAUAGAGAAGAGCUGGGAUGUGCCACCGCCUGUCAAUGUUGUACCAACUUCGCAGCCUCAAGGUGUCGUUUCGACACCUGCAGUUCCUGUUAAUGGCAAGGCCAAACAUGUACGCUCGGAGCGUGCUGGCUCUGUGGCUAGCCAGAACUCUGUUGAUGGCUCAAACGCCAUCGACGCUCACGCUGUCCACGCAUCUCUCCUGUCUGCUCUCGCCCAGAAGAAUGCAAGUUCGAGUAAUUUAUCGAAGAACGACUUUGUCCGGGAAGUUUUGACUCUCAUACACACGGACAAAGAUUUUGUGAACACUCUUUGGCAGGAGUACGCCUCGAGUGCCAAAUGA